AUGUCUCUUGAUAGCGUUUCCGGAAAGAAAUAUGGCUUGAUCAUCCCUAGUAAAAGGCCUACCAAAGAACCCAUCCGAAUUAAUCCAGCAGAAAAUGCUUUUGCUGCGGAGUCGGACGAAGAAGAGGAUGCUAAAUUCAAGCAACCGAAUUUCGAUGUCAAAAUGGAAACCAUUAAAGCCAGUCUUCGAAAGACGACAAAAAUCAAUCUUGAAAAAGCGCUUGAGGAAGACGCUUCUGUAUUUCAGUAUGACGAGGUUUACGAUGAAAUAUCUAGAGAAAAAGACCAAAAGCUCUUGCAAAAGAGCUUGCCCUCAGCUCGAAAGUCCAAGUACGUGGGCAAGUUGUUGCAAGCCUCAGCAGUGCGAAAGCUAGAGAAAGAGCUCCUCACCGAGCGCAAAGCUCAGCGCGAACUAGAGGCGGAGCAGGAAAAGUACGGAGACAAAGAGUCUUUCGUCACAGGAGCCUACAAGAAGAAGAUGGCAGAGCUGCGGGAGCUAGUGGAGCGGCGUCGCGAGGAGGAAGCGAGGGAGGAGGUAAUGGAUGUGACCAAACAGGAUGGAUUGGGUGGAUUCUAUCGCUACAUGUUUCAACAAAAGACGGCUUCGCGACGUACGCCUUCUCCUACUUCUACUUCUUUCGGGACUUUGAAACCACAAACCGGUAGUUCAGAAAAGGAUAUCACUGCCGAGAGGUCUUCUUCUCGAACUCAAAAAUCUUCUCCACCACGUCACAGACGUGAGGAUGAGGUGUGCACCACUCCGGGCCUGGACAAUUGUGCCCUGUGUGGUGGGCUGCAAACCUGA